CGUAGGGAAAAUGCGUCGUCGCGCGGGUGUCGGUGCGAUACAGCGGCAAAAGCUGGAAGCGGAAAAGUACCGCGACAAGGGCACCGAACUGCACGAUUCACAGUUCGAGCAGAUGGUCAAACAGAUGGAUGCCCUGAAGGAACAUCUGGAGGAAUUCGCCGCCAAACACAAGUCCGAAAUUCGAAAGAAUGCCCAGUUUCGGCGGCAGUUUCAGGAAAUGUGUGCCGCAAUCGGGGUCGAUCCGCUAGCGUCCGGGAAGGGAUUCUGGAGCGUGCUGGGGAUGGGUGAUUUUUACUACGAGCUUGGAGUGCAGGUGGUGGAGGUGUGCUUGGCAUCGAAUUACAGCACAGGUGGUUUAAUGGAAUUGAGCGAGCUACGCAACCGCCUUGUGGCGGCUAGGGGUCGCAAGCAAAUUCAUCAGGAGAUUACUAACGAAGAUAUACUGAUGGCCGCUAAAAAGCUAAGAAUCUUUGGUAACGGUUUUUCGGUGUAUCCUGUGGGAAAGGAUCGCCACAUGGUGCAAUCCAUUCCGGGAGAAUUAAGCCUGCAGGAAACGGCGGUCUUGAGCGUAGCCGCUAAUCAGGGACAAGGGUUCGUUACGAUAACAGAGUUGGUCACCGCUUUGGGGUGGACUGAGACACGGGCUCGGCAGGCGGUCGAUAAGAUCCUAUCCGAUGGACUGGCGUGGAUUGACAAUCAAGGUGAUGAAGAAUCAUACUGGUUUCCCAGUCUCUUUCCUGGUCGGCAAGGAAGUAAAUUCUCAAUGUGAUAUUAGAGAUUAUU